AACAACCAGAUUGACGGCAGAAUUUGACAAGUGGGCGCGUAUUUUUGUAAACAGCCAUGAGUGACCUAAUUUAACACUUUUCUUGAUGCUAUUCAAUAGGUUCUUGUUUGUUGGCCUUCUUUCUGUGUAACUGUCUUCCUUCUAAUCGAUCCCUUUCAUCCAGUAAUAAUUUUAAAGGCACCUGGAAACUUUGUUUCUGUUGAUGCCUACAGCUAGCUCCGUCAGCUAGCAUGCCAACACCGCUUACAGCAGCUGAGAGGCUGCCCGGAGGAGCGGCUGUUCCUGGUAAAAAAGAAUAGGUAAUGCUGAUGGUGCACCUCCUGGGUCGAUCCUCACUACUUCGAUCGGGACUCUUUCGGUUAAGGAUCCAGCGGAGGUUUUUCUGUGCCGCACAGCGCAGCCGGUGUCCAGACACGACACAAGAAACAAACAUGAUCCGGAGCAGGACUCAGAUCAAGCGGGUCCUCUGUGUGGCCGAGAAGAACGAUGCAGCCAAAGGCAUCUCCGAAAUCAUGUCGAGCGGCAGAGCGCGGAGGAGGGAAGGAAUGUCCAAGUUUAAUAAAAUCUAUGAAUAUGAAUACUUUCUCUUUGGUCAGAAUGUGACAGUGACCAUGACAUCCGUAUCGGGUCACUUACUGGCUCUGGAGUUUAAAGCUCCUUUUCAGAAAUGGCACAGUUGUAAUCCGGUGAUGUUGUUUGAUGCAGAAGUAGAGAAGUAUUGUCCAGAUAACAUGAUUCCUAUUAAGCGGACAUUAGAGAAAGAGGUGAGGCAAUGCCAGGCCUUGGUCAUCUGGACUGAUUGUGACAGAGAGGGAGAAAACAUUGGCUUCGAAGUGAUUGAUGUUUGCAAAGCAGUGAAGCCUAACUUGCAAGUCUUCCGAGCAAAGUUUUCUGAGAUCACACCGGCUUCCAUUCGGAGAGCGUGUGAGACUCUAAUAGAGCCAGAUGCAAACAUCAGUGAUGCCGUGGAUGUGAGACAGGAGCUGGAUUUACGGAUAGGUGCAUCCUUCACCCGAUUCCAGACGCUCCGCCUGCAGAAGAUUUUCCCAGAAUCCUUGGCCAACCAGCUCGUCUCAUAUGGCAGCUGUCAAUUUCCCACUCUGGGCUUUGUGGUGGAACGCUUCAAAGCCAUCAAAGCUUUUAUACCAGAGACCUUCUACAAAAUCAAAGUGCUACACACACUAGAGGACGACACCGUGGAGUUCAGUUGGAAACGAAACCGGCUCUUUAACCACACGUGCUGCCUGGUGCUCUACCAGAUCUGCAUGGAGGAUCCCAUAGCAACAGUCACCUCAGUAACAAGCAAACCAAAGAGUAAAUGGAGACCGCUGCCUCUGGACACUGUGGAGCUGGAGAAACUGGCUUCUCGGAAACUCAGAAUAAACGCCAAAGAGACCAUGAAGAUUGCCGAAAAGCUCUACACCCAAGGGUUUAUCAGCUAUCCUCGCACAGAAACCAACAUUUUUCCUGCAAACUUGGUCCUGGCGCCCCUGGUGGAGCAGCAAACUCACAGCUCAACGUGGGGGACAUUUGCCCAGCGGGUGCUUGACCAGCCUGGGGGGCCCAACCCAAGGCAGGGCAAAAAAUCGGACCAGGCCCACCCUCCCAUACACCCCACUAAGUACACUAGCUCUCUGCAGGGAAAUGAAGCUCGUGUCUACGAGUUUAUUGUUCGACACUUCCUGGCCUGUGUGUCCCAGGAUGCUUUGGGGCAGGAGACUGUGGUGGACAUAGACAUUGCUCAAGAGAAGUUCUCUACCUCCGGACUCAUGAUUAUAGCCAGGAACUACCUGGAUGUUUAUCCGUACGACAAAUGGAACGCAAAGGUGAUUCCGGUGUAUGAAGAAGACUCUCAGUUCCAGCCCUCUGCUAUUGAGAUGGUAGACGGACAGACGAGUCCACCGCAGCUUCUCACUGAAGCCGACCUCAUUUCACUGAUGGAGAAGCAUGGCAUCGGAACUGAUGCCACCCACGCAGAGCACAUCGAGACCAUCAAAAGCCGCAUGUAUGUGGGUUUGACAGCAGACCAGAGGUUUCUCCCUGGAGAACUCGGCAUGGGAUUAGUUGAAGGUUACAACUCCAUGGGCUAUGAGAUGUCCAAACCAAACCUGCGUUCUGAGCUGGAGGCCGACCUCAAGCUGGUAUCAGAGGGUCGGAAGGACAAAAGAGGCGUGCUGCAGCACCACAUCCAGAAGUACAAGACCGUCUUCAUCGAAUCUGUCAGGAAGGCAAAGAAGUUGGAUGAAGCUCUGUCAGCAUAUCUGGGUGCAGCUCUGGAGAUCCCUGAAGCGCAGCAGCAGGACCUGGAGAUGCCGCUGCCGGUGAGGAAGUGUCCAAACUGUGGUCGGGACAUGGUGCUGAAGCGGAAGAGGGAGGGAAGCAGUAAGUUCCUGACCUGUGUGGGUUACCCAGCCUGUAAAACAGCAGUGUGGUUCCCUGACAUGGUUCUGGACGUCAGCAGAGAUGAAAGCAUUUGUCCCACAUGUCAGCCAAGCCCUGUCCACAUGUUGAAGUUCAAGUUCCGCAGAGGUUCCCUUCCUCCCAUGAUGCCUCUGGAGUUUGUAGGCUGCAUUGGUGGUUGCGACGAGACACUCAGGGAGGUGCUGGACCUGAAAUACCUUAGAGGAGCUGGGGCGGGAGGAGCUGGCGGUGGUGGAAGAGGCGAUGAUCCUCAUUCUCCUCCUCCAAGGCCCCCCAGGGCAGCACCACCCAGAACCCAAAGGGCUAUUCCUCCUGUUCCUUCUGUACCAGCCUGGAACCCCGAGCCAAGACCUCCACCAGGGGGCAGCAGUGUGGCCAUAAACAACAGCAAUGAUGUGAUUGUGUGCAACUGUGGUCAGGAGGCAGUACUUCUGACUGUGCGUAAAGAUGGGCCCAACCAAGGCCGGCAAUUUUACAAGUGCAAUUCAGGGAGUUGCAACUUUUUUCUGUGGGCUGAUCAGCCAAGCCAGCAGGAGGCGCCGCAGAGUCGAGGGCCGACACCUUCAGCACAGAGAAUCCAACAGCUUCCGAGGCCUUCUGCGGGGUUCAGGAACGCAUCUGGAGGCCGCAGAGGGCAUGAAGCAGGUGGAUCGGGGCAUUCGGGACAGACUCUGUGCAACUGUAACCAGACUGCUGUGACUCGAACCGUGCAGAAGGACGGCCCCAACAAGGGACGCAUGUUCCACACCUGCGGGAAACCUAGAGAGCAACAGUGUGGAUUCUUCCAGUGGGCUGACGAGAACGUUCCUCCACCAGAUGGUGGAUUCAAUAGGUUAGAAGAUGGAAGAAGGAAAGUGAUGGGGGACUCGAACAAACCCCCCACCGCCAAGAAACCUCGCCACUGUGGCAACUGCCACAUGCCGGGACACACCCGGGUCACCUGUCCACAGCGGUGACCUCUCUAGUAAUACUACUUUAGCGUGUUUUACAUCUCAAUCAGAGGUCCACCACCAAACCUUCUGAAGAUGACCGCCUCUGAUCUGGAUGGAAGCACACGGCGUCUGGCAAAACUGAACCGCAAGCGCCUGAAACCUGCCGAUUAAACUCUGUAGAUCCUGGAGGAAAAGCUGGAGAGAUGCAGCUGCACUUUGCAAGACGAGGUGUUGAACUAUUUAAAAAAAAAAGUCUUGUAGGAGUUUGUAACCACAGUAACCUAGAAAGGAUGUUCAGCAUUUAAUUUCAGAUUUCCCCUCCUGGAUCUAACAACAAGCUCACAUCAUCUGGUGAGGGUCGGGUGGAAGGAGGUGAUGCUGCUGUAGAAACCGUGCUGCCUUCAGUGACUCCGAGAAUUUCAAUGCAGGACAAGAAGUUCCUUCCUAAUUAUUGUUGUUAUAGAUGAAUAAACGAACUUUAGAUUAUUUUUACCUUCAAGUGUCUUAAAACGUAAUUGGAAAUUUGACAGUUGUUAGGAUUGUUGAUGAAAACACACCUUAGCGGAAAGACGACAGGAUUUUAUUUCAUGUUUCUGCAACAGACUUUUAAUGCAAUAAACCUGAAAGUUCUCCAG